CUCAGAAGGAGGCCAUGGCGGAGACCCAGGAGGAGAAGCUCUUGUUGAAGAAGGUGGACGAUAUCACGGAGACCUGGGUGUUGCGUCUCCUCAAGCACAACCUUCACCACACCUCAGGUAAAGACUCGAGGAUCAAACUGAACAAAUGGAUUCGAGACAAGUGCUCCUCGACAGACGCUUUGGCGGGUUUCAGCAGCUCAAGGGCGACCGUGAGUGUGGAGUACGAGGUGGAGGGUGAGGUGGAGGCGGCGCUGAGGAAGGAGACGUUUGUGGUCAAGUUAAUCCCUACUGAAGGUUACAUGUCAGGACUGCUGACGUCAGAAGGGAUGCAUCACAUAGAGGUAGGUCAGUAUGGACGGUUCCUAGUGGCGCUGGGAGAGUGGGAGAAGGCGCGGCGGGGCGUGUGUGAGGGCGUGGUGGGGGAGAUUGUGCCGUCCCACGCUCUGGCCGUCAGCACCCAACACCACUUCACCCUCGUGCUCCCAGAGAUCACACACCUCGGCUACCAUACGAAGAAUGUGAGCCAGGGGCUAGGGGAGGACCACAUCCUGACGGUGGCGCAGAAGCUGGGCACUUACCAUGGUACGGUGGUGGCCUACAAAGUGAUCAACCGCAUCAACCUCCUUGACGCCUUCCCCGGCUGCUUCCACCAGGCCAGCGUCGAAAGCCCCCUGUUCUCUGUGUUCGUCAGGGCGGGCUUCCAGAGGUUACAGGAGGAGUGGUCAGGAGACGCUACUAAGACUCAUUUGUUAGAGAUGUUGGCGCCCUACGAGGUCAACCCGCCAGAGUUCGUGGUAUCCGGCCUCCUCCCGCAGGAACCAUUCGCUACGGCCAUGCACGGCGACCUCCAGCCCUCUAAUAUAUUCUUCAAGCAUACCACUGACGGCCAGUAUACUAUUAAGGUGAUUGACUGGGCCACGGCGCGGUACUCCCAAGGAACAUGUGAUCUGGUCUACUUGCUCAACAUAGGCGUGGAUGCGGACGUGAGACGGAGGGUGACCAAAUCAGCCACCGACGUGUACUUCAACGCCUUCAACGCAGCGCUCACCGACCUUAACGCUAACCUAUCGUACCCUAGAGACGUGUUCGAGGACCAGCUGGUUAAGGCUCGUCAGCUGUUGGUGGUGUGGAGCAUCAUGAGCGUCAACCUCUUCUCCAGCACCCAGCACCUCCGAGACCGCCUCACCGCUAUCCUCGCCGACAUCCUCCUCGACCCCACCGUCCCGUCUCCAACACUGUCCACCUGAUCUAUCCGUUCUUGAUAUCCUUCUUGAACCCCAACACUAUCCACCUCCACCAUCACCAUCCACUUGACACGAACCUCUUACCAGCAGCCUUCAUGGAUCCGCAGUAAGUUUGGUUCACUCUUCCACGAAACGAACCAUUGAAACCAGAAGAAACACGGCCAGGUGAUUCACUCUUCUUGGAAACGAACCUCUGAAACAGUCUGAUACCAACCUGGGCCGUCCUCCCUCAACACGAAAAACCGCAAGAACUGUAUCCACUUCAGGAAUUCUAUUUGUAAUAUGAAGCACCACUGAAGACACUGACCUAUGAACCGGGAACCCAUAAGAUGGAGUAUUUGUCAUCUAAUAU